AUGCUCCGGGGCGGCUGGGGAGAGCAUCGCGAUGCUCUGGGGCGUCUGGGGGGAGCAUCACGACGCUCUGGGGCGUCCGGGGAGAGCAUCGUGACGCUCUGGGGCGUCCGGGGAGAGCAUUGCGACGCUCUGGGGCGUCCGGGGAGAGCAUCGCGACGCUCUGGGGCGUCCGAGGAGAGCAUCGCGACGCUCUGGGGCGUCCGAGGAGAGCAUCGCGACGCUCUGGGGCGUCCAGGGAGAGCAUCACGACGCUCUGGGGCGUCCGGAGAGAGCAUCGCGAUGCUCUGGGGCGGCUGGGGAGAGCAUCGCGAUGCUCCGGGGCGUCCGGGGAGAGCAUUGCGACGCUCUGGGGCGUCCGGGGAAAGCAUCACGACGCUCUGGGGCGUCCCGGGACAGCAUCGCGUCGCUCUGGGGCGUCCGGGGAGAGCAUCGCGACGCUCUGGGUCGUCCGGGGAGAGCAUCGCGACGCUCUGGGGCGGAGGGGAGAGCAUCGCGACGCUCUGGGGCGUUCGGGGAGAGCAUCAUGACGCUCUGGGGCGUCCGGGGAGAGCAUCACGACGCUCUGGGGCGUCCGGGGAGAGCAUCGCGAUGCUCUGGGGCGUCCGGGGAGAGCAUCACGACGCUCUGGGGCGUCCGGGGAGAGCAUCGCGAUGCUCCGGGGCGGCUGGGGAGAGCAUUGGAUGCUCUGGGGCGGAGAGCAUUGCGACGCUCUGGGGCGUCCGGGGAGAGCAUCGCGAUGCUCUGGGGUGUCCGGGGAGAGCAUCGCGACGCUCUGUGACGUCCGGGGAGAGCAUCGCGAUGCUCCGGGGCGGCUGGGGAGAGCAUCGCGAUGCUCUGGGGCGUCCGGGGGGAGCAUCACGACGCUCUGGGGCGUCCGGGGAGAGCAUCGUGACGCUCUGGGGCGUCCGGGGAGAGCAUUGCGACGCUCAGGGGCGUCCGGGGAGAGCAUCACGACGCUCUGGGGCGUCCGGGGAGAGCAUCGGGGCGCUCUGGGGCGUCCGGGGAGAGCAUCACGAUGCUCUGGGGCGUCCGGGGAGAGCAUCGCGACGCUCUGGGGCGUCCGGGGAGAGCAUCGCGACGCUCUGGGGCGUCCGGGGAGAGCAUCGCGACGCUCUGGGGCGUCCGAGGAGAGCAUCGCGACGCUCUGGGGCGUCCGGGGAGAGCAUCGCGACGCUCUGGGGCGGGAGGGGAGAGCAUCGCGACGCUCUGGGGCGUCCGGGGAGAGCAUCGCGAUGCUCCGGGGCGGCUAGGGAGAGCAUCGCGAUGCUCUGGGGCGUCCGGAGAGAGCAUCGCGAUGCUGUGCGGCGUCCGGGGAGAGCAUCACGACGCUCUGGGGCGUCUGGAGAGAGCAUCGCGAUGCUCCGGGGCGGCUGUGGAGAGCAUCACGAUGCUCUGGGGCGUCCGGGGAGAGCAUCGCGACGCUCUGGGGCGUCCGGGGAGAGCAUCGUGACGCUCUGUGGCGUCCGAGGAGAGCAUUGCGACGCUCUGGGUCGGCUGGGGAGUGCAUCGCGACGCUCUGGGGCGUCCGGGGAGAGCAUGGCGACGCUCUGGGGCGUCCGGGGAGAGCAUCGCGAUGCUCUGGGGCGUCCGGGGAGAGCAUCGCGACGCUCUGGGGCGUCCGGGGAGAGCAUCGCGACGCUCUGGGGCGUCCGGGGAGAGCAUCGCGACGCUCUGGGGCAGCGGGGAGAGCAUCGCGACGCUCUGGGGCGUCCCGAGAGAGCAUCACGACGCUCUGGGGCGUCCGGGGAGAGCAUCGUGAUGCUCUGGGGCGUCCGAGGAGAGCAUCGCGAUGCUCUGGGGCGUCCGGGGAGAGCAUCGCGAUGCUCCGGGGCGGCUGGGGAGAGCAUUGGAUGCUCUGGGGCGUCCGGGGAGAGCAUCGCGAUGCUCUGGGGCGUCCGGGGAGAGCAUCGCGACGCUCUUGGGCGUCCGGGGAGAGCAUCACGACGCUCUGGGGCGUCCGGAGAGAGCAUCGCGACGCUCUGGGGCGGCUGGGGAGAGCAUCACGAUGCUCUUGGGCGUCCGGGGAGAGCAUCGCGACGCUCUGGGGCGUCCGGGGAGAGCAUCGCGACGCUCUGGGGUGUCCCGGGAGAGCAUCGCGACGCUCUGGGGCGUCCGGGGAGAGCAUCGCGACGCUCUGGGGCGUCCGGGGAGAGCAUCGCGACGCUCUGGGGCGGCGGGGAGAGCAUCGCGACGCUCUGGGGCGUCCGGGGAGAGCAUCACGACGCUCUGGGGUGUCCGGGGAGAGCAUCGCGAUGCUCCGGGGCGGCUGGGGAGAGCAUUGGAUGCUCUGGGGCGUCCGGGGAGAGCAUCACGAUGCUCUAG